AACAGUUGGAUAUCGAAUCUUUCCUUCUCGUUUUUUUGUGUGAAUUAACGAAAUAAUUCUAAACGAUACAUUAAUUAACGUGACAUUCAUAUUUACGUCGCGUUCGAUCAUGCAUUUUAAUUGUAUUUUUGUGGCGUUAGUGCCAGCAGUGAACGGUGACAAAUCGUUCAAGAAUGCCAAUGAGCGUUAUCGAUUUGAAUCGUUUUUGCAUUCAAUACUGAUUCGUCCUAAAAUGUGUACGCAAUGAGGACUUGCGAAGUAGGUACCUUUCUACACCGUUAUUUAUUAUAAUUUCUGUACAAAUCAGACGAAGAUUCUUCGUCAAUUAUUAUUAGCGAUAGAUAGUGUAUUAAUUCCCCACUUGUAAAUAACAUUGUUGCUGAGGACAAAACUUUCAAAGUAGCACGUUGUACAAUAAAAUUUAUGUUUAAAUCGUUGUUCUGUGUCCUCAAAUACUCUUACCGUAAUGUAAACGUUUAAACAUUUUUUAAACAGCUGUUUAAGUUAGAUGGCACUGCGGAGGGGCAUCUUUAUCAGGACGUUAUCAUUAACCACGAUAUAUGAUUUGUAUUAUGACAUUUACAGAAAACUUGUAUCUUUAUGGUUGAAACACCGUUAUGAUAAAAAAGAAUGUAAAUCUAUCGAAAGGGCACAAGUUCUUAACACAAUGGGGAACCAGGAAUUUAAAAAAAAAAAUUAUUUACUAAGUAUACAAUCGUAUACGAAAUGUGCAUUAUACGCUCCUAUAAACAGUAAUGAGUUAUCAGUUGCAAUUGCAAAUAGAUCAGCUGCCUUAUUUUAUUUAAAUAGAUACGACGAAUGUGUGAAAGAUAUUAACUUGGCUAUUAAGUUAAAUUAUCCCAAGAAUUUACAUUAUAAAUUAUAUUUGCGUGCAGUGCAGUGUUAUUUAAAAUUAGGCAAACAAAAGUUAGCUGAACAAACACUUUCCACAUUACAUGAAAUUGUAAAUAAUCCAGAUUAUAUUACACUUUCAAUAAAAGAUGACAUAGAGAAAAGAAUUUCUGAAAUAACAUUCAAUGUGUCAUGCACACAAAAUGAUACAAAAGAUAUGAGUAAUUUAUUAAAAUUGAAGUCUGAAAUUACAUUUGAUGAGAAUGUUGAUUUUCUACAUGCAUCUGCAAGUAUAGAUAAAAAAUACAAUCAAGAGUUAGGGAGAUAUGUUGUAGCAAAUAGAUUUAUAAAAAAAGGUGAAAUACUUUUUUUGGAGAAACCUGUAAGUUUUGUAUUAUUAAAUUAUGAUGCAUUAAAUAGUCUUUGCCAGCACUGUAAUUGUUUAAAUACAGAUAUUCCCAUUCCAUGCACAAAAUGCUUAAAUACUUUCUACUGUGAUGUAAAUUGUUCAGACCAAGCAUGGUUUUCUUAUCAUACUUGGGAAUGUCCAGGAAACCAAAUGACUCUAUGGAAAGAAAUUGGAAUAGGGCAUUUAGCACUUAAAGUUCUAUUAACAUGUACAACUACAACAGACAUGAUUCAAUUUAAUGAAAUGCAAAAUUUAGUAACUAAUUUUGAUAAAUUACUUAUAGAAGAUUUGACAGUAUAUGGAAUUACAGCUAUUAUGCUUACGAUAUAUUUAUCAGAAUAUACCGAUUUUUUUAAAACAAAUAAUCUUAAUGACUGUCUGGUAAAGAAAUUUUCAGAUAGAUCUUUCAACUCUAACUUUAAUAUUUUAACAAAUAAUGACAAACAACUUUAUGUAAGUUCAUUACUUUUGCGAUAUAUUCUUCAACUUAUUUGUAAUGGACAUGCAAUUGUAACAUCAAACACAUUGUUGAAUAAAAAUGACUCUUUCAUGGACCAAGAUAUUGUGGGCACAGGGAUUUAUCCUUCUGCAAGUAUGAUGAACCACUCUUGCGAUCCUAAUAUAAUUAACAUCUUUAUGGAUCAAUACUUAAUUGUGAGGGCUUCAAAAAACAUUGCAAAAAAUGAAGAAAUUUUCAAUUGUUAUGGUCCAAAUUAUAAACAUAUGUCAAGAGAACAGAGACAGAAAAUUUUAAAAAGUCAAUAUUGCUUUACUUGUAAAUGUAAACAUUGUACUCUCCCAAGUCUACAAUAUUUUGUGGAAAGAUUUAAUGCCAUGAAGUGUUUAAGAUGCAAUGGUGCAUUAUGCAACAUAGAGAAUUCUUUAUGUUGUUUAGAUUGUGGUGAUAGAUCAAGAAUUCAUCAAAAAAAUAAACUAAAACAGGCUGACAAAAUGUUUAAAAAUGCACAAGAUUUAAUUGAUUUAGGAAAAAUGGAAGAAGCAUUAGGCGAAUUAAAAAAAUGUUUAUAUAUUAGAAAGACACUAUUAUAUAAAUAUAAUGUUGAUAUUAUAGCUACUUUGAAUCUGAUGGAAACAAUUUAUACUACAUUGGAUCAAUGGGUGAAUAGUAUAGAAUGCUUAGAAAAUACAAUUAUUGCAACUAUAGAAAGAUUUGGAUCUAACAGUAUAGAGCUACUGAACGAAUUAAAUAAACUUACAGACCUGUGUAUUAUGUAUUUACAAAAAGAAUUAGAUACUACAACGGACACAUACAAAACUCUAUUGGGAAGAACACAUAAAUAUCUGGACCAGCUAGAAGAACUUACGAAUUUUCAUUAUGGAUCAUGGAACAGAGUUUGUGUAGAAAUAAAAAAGAAACGAGAAAAAAUAUAUCAGAUGUAAUAUUUAAGAG